GUCUCUCGAUCGCCUCCUCUCUCAACGCCUCCAAGUCGAAGGCCCAUCUCUCUUUCUCAGACACAAACAUCACACAAAAUCUAUGAUCUCCUCCGCGAUUCCAACCCAGAACGGACUCGCUUUUCAGGCAGCACGCUCCAAAAGCUUCUCUCGUUGUGGGUCUCGUUUAAACCCUCUCACAAGGGCCUCUGCUUCGACUCAAACGUUAAGUACCGAGAAGACUCGGACCCACCUCUCCAACCUCCAGAAGCUACUCCAGAAGCAGUCCCCACCACCGCUACAACAACAUGACACAAAACCUCUUCUUAAUGGUUCCUGCAACGGGUCGUCACCGGAUAACAGGGCUAAAAAUCUCUUCCAAGGUUUGAAUUUGUCAACAAUUUGGCCGGAGAUGAAGGCGGCGGAGGAGAUGUCACCGCGACACCUGAACCGCCUUCAGCGCCUCCUCUCGAAAUCGUGGGUGGAAUAUUCCCCGAGGAAUAAUCUCGGCAGUCGGUGGCGAGAGUACCAUGGUUGCAACGAUUGGGCAGGACUCAUCGAUCCGUUGGAUGAGAAUCUCCGCCGAGAAGUCGUCAGAUAUGGGGAAUUCAUCCAGGCCGCGUAUCACACCUUCCACUCCAACCCUGCCACGUCGGAAGAAGAAGGUCCCUUGCCUCGCCAGGUGGCAUUACCUGAUAGAUCCUACAAGGUCACCAAGGGCCUUUACGCCACGUCAUCAGUAGGACUACCUUCUUGGGUAGAUGACUUGGCCCCCGAUCUCGGGUGGAUGACGCAGCGGUCAAGCUGGACCGGCUAUGUCGCAGUUUGCGAUGACCAGAGGGAGAUAUCACGAAUGGGAAGAAGAGACAUAGUCAUCGCUCUUCGUGGGACUGCCACCUGUCUAGAGUGGGCCGAGAACAUGAGGGAUGUCCUUGUAAAGGUCCCUGGAGAGGAAAAUUCUGGACCGAACCAACCGGCCAAGGUGGAGUGCGGGUUCCAGAGCUUGUACAAGACCCCCGGUUCAAACAUGCCGAGUCUUUCCGAGUCGGUGGUGGGAGAGGUACGUAGGUUAAUGGAGCUAUACAAGGGUGAGACGUCGAGCAUCACGGUGACGGGUCACAGCCUCGGUGCAGCUCUAGCUCUGCUAGUCGCCGAUGAACUGAGUACCUGUGAGCCGGAAAUGCCGCCGAUCGCGGUCUUCUCCUUCGGCGGUCCUCGAGUCGGGAACCGGGCUUUUGCGGACCGGGUCAGCAAUAACGGUGUCAAAGUGUUACGAAUCGUGAACUCGCAAGAUCUGAUCACGAGGGUUCCGGGAAUGUUCGUGAGUGAAGAGCUAGACCAGAAACUAAGAAACAAUUCUAAAGUGGCUGCAGGGGUUUUGAACGUGUUGGAUAACAUGCCAUGGGCGUACGCACACGUGGGAACAGAACUACGUGUGGACAGCAAGAUGUCACCUUAUUUAAAGCCAGAUGCUGAUGUGGCAUGUUGUCAUGACCUGGAGGCUUACCUGCACUUGGUAGACGGGUUCUUGGCGACCAAUUGUCCGUUCAGAGCAAACGCAAAGAGAAGCUUAGCGAGGUUGGUCAACGAACAAAAGUCAAAUGUAAAGAAAUUGUAUAUAAGCAAGGCCAAGGGCUUGAGAUUGAAUCUUGACAAUCAAGUAUUGGUCAUCCCAAGCUGUUUGCCAAGUCCAUCGUGAUUCAUCUCAGUUUGACCAAAUAUUUAAGACAGAAGGUUGGACCGGGUCUGUCUGGGUCGGACCAAAUUGUGGGUUAGCU